AUGCUUCAAUUCCGACAACAGGCGGCUCCCACGCCUACCACUAGCACCCCAUCCACUUCGGGAGUUGUCUACUUUACCUCCACUGAGGUGAUCACUAUCAAAGGUGGUGUCACAAACAGCUAUGUGACAAUCGCUCCGCAGACGAUACACAUCGCUAUUCCGACCUGCCUCCAGACGAUUACGCCCGACAAAAAUGGAUAUCUUCCUCCUGGAACUUGCAAUGCUCUAUGGGACUACUAUCCCAGUUUUGGUGCAGCUUUGGUCUUCGCCGCUUUGUUUGGUAUCCUGGUUUCGGUCCACAUCUGUCAAGCAGUUGCAUAUAAGAAGAAGUUUUGCUGGGUGAUAAUCAUGGCUGCCUCCUGGGAGACCAUUGCAUUCACCUUUCGCACCUUAAGCACCCGCCACCAGCAGAAUGCCAAUAUCUAUCUGGUCUUUCAGAUUUUCAUUCUUCUUGCCCCAUUGUGGGUCAACGCAUUUGACUAUAUGGUUCUAGGCCGGUUGAUCUACUUCUUCACCCCGGGUCGCUCACUCUUCUCUAUACCUGCGUCUACCCUGGCUGCGGGGUUUGUGUCGCUGGAUUUCGUCUCGUUCGUCAUCCAGCUCGUCGGGGGGAGCUGGGCGAGUCCCACGGCUUCCGAGGCGAAGCAGAUGCAGGGAAUUCACAUCUACAUGGGGGGCAUUGGUCUGCAGCAGUUCUUCAUUUUUAUUUUUGUCGGACUGGCCAUUAAAUUCCAACGGGAAAUGACAAAGAAUGAAAAGAUCCGACAACUGCACGGUGCGACGUCUGCGAAAGAGUGGAGGUCCCUUUUGUAUGCUUUGUAUGCCACAUUGGGGUUGAUCACGGUCCGCAUCAUGUUUCGACUGAUCCAGUUUUCCUCGGGAGGAACAUCUUCCAAUAACCCCUUGGUAUCCUCCGAAGCCUGUUUCUACAUCCUUGAAGCCGUUCCGAUGGUACUCGCGCUGCUCUGUUUCAACAUCAAACAUCCUGGUUCCGUUCUAGUGGGCCCAGAAUCUGAAUUGCCCGGAUUGAUGGCAACUGUCAAAGCAAGGUGGCGCAAAAAGCAGACCGUUGCGUCCGUUGGAGAGAUUUUACAGGAAAGCGAUUUCCAUGAGCUGCCCACCAGACCACACUACGCAUCGGGCCUGAACGCCUCGGGACGAUAUGAGAGAUUGAAUUGA